AUGCUGCUGACUUGGCUCCUCGCGAUAGCUCUCUCCCAUGUUGCUGUGAGCCAAGAUUCCGGCCCUGAGUACGCAGACGUGGUGUUCCUGCUGGACAGCUCCGACCGCCUGGGCGCCAAGGCCUUCCCGUCUGUGAGGACCUUCGUCAGCAAGCUGAUCAACAGCCUCCCGGUCGAGGCCGACAAGUACCACGUGGGCCUGGCGCAGUACAGUGACCGGCUCCACCACGAGUUCCACCCCGGCACCUUCAAGGGCAGAGGCCCCAUGCUCAGCCACCUCAAGAAGCACCUGGCCUUCGUGGGCGGGUCCCUGCGUGUGGGGAACGCCCUCCGGGAGGCCCACCGGACCUUCUUCUCCUCCAGGGACGGGAGGGACAAGAAGCUGUUCCCCCCGCUCCUGGUGGUCCUGGCUUCGGCCGAGUCCGAGGACGACGUGGAGGAGGCCGCGAGGGCCCUGCGGGCGGACGGGGUGAGGAUCAUCUCCGUGGGGCUGCAGCAGGCCUCCGAGGAGACCCUGAAGGCCAUGGCCACGGCCCCGUUCCACUUCCACCUCCGCACGGCCAGGGACCUCGGCACCUUCUCCCAGAACAUGACGCAGAUCCUCAAGGACGCGGCCAAGCACCGGGAGGCGGCGGUCGACGAUAUCCUGGUGGAAGUGUGCCAAGGCCCUUCCGUGGCCGACCUCGUGUUCCUGUUGGACGUGUCGGUCAACGGCAGCCAGGAGGACCUCAACUACCUCAAGGACUUCUUGGAAGAAAGCGUGUCUGCCCUUGACAUCAAGGAGAGCUGCAUGCGGGUGGGCCUGGUGGCCUUCAGCAACGAGACGACGGUGCUCGGCUCUCUGAGUGCCGGGACAAACAAGUCGGAGGUCCUCCAUCGCAUCCAGACCCUCUCCCACCGGGCCGGCCCGGCCCACACAGGGGCCGCCAUCAGGAAGGCCCGGAAGGAGGUCUUCAGCCCACGUCAUGGCAGCCGGAAGAACCAGGGCGUGCCCCAGAUCGCCGUGCUGGUGACGCACAGGCCCUCGGAAGACAACGUGACCAAGGCGGCCGCGAGCCUGCGACGCGAGGGCGUGACCGUUUUCACCCUGGGCGUGGAGGGCGCCAGCGAGGCCCAGCUGGAGAGGAUAGCCUCGCACCCCGCCGAGCAGCAUGUGUCCAGGCUGAAGGCCUUCGCCGACCUGCCUGCCCACAACCAGACGUUCCUGAAGAAGCUGCGGAACCAGAUCACGCACACGGUCUCCGUGUUCUCAGAACGCACCCAGAUCCUCAAGGCUGGCUGCGUGGACACCGAGGAGGCAGACAUCUACCUGCUCCUCGACGGCUCAAGCAGCAUCCAGGCCUCGGACUUUCAGGAGAUGAAGGCCUUCCUGUCGGAGGUGGUGGGAAUGUUCGACGUCGCACCCCACAAGGUGCGCGUGGGGGCCGUGCAGUUCUCCGACCGCCAGGACUUGGAGUUUGAGGCCGACAAGUACUCCAACAAGCACGACGUGGGCAAGGCCAUCGAGAACAUCAGGCAGAUGGGCGGGGGCACCAGCAUGGGUGCGGCCCUCAACUUCACCCGCAGCCUGCUGCAGGAAGCCAGGAGGCAACGGGGCAACCGGGUGCCGCGUCAUCUCGUCGUCCUGACGAGCGGCACGUCCGAGGACGGCAUCUUGGAGCCCGUUGGCUGGCUGCAGCAGGAGCGCGUCCGCGUCCACGCCAUCGGGGUCCGGGACGCCAACCAGACCCAGCUGCGGGAGAUUGCGGGAGACGAGAAGAGGGUGUACUACGUGCAUGACUUUGACGCCUUGAAGGACAUCCGGAACCAGGUGGUCCAGGAAAUCUGCACGGAGGAAGCCUGCAGGGAGAUGAGGGCCGACAUCGUGUUCCUGGUGGACAGCUCGGGCAGCAUCGGGCUGGAGAACUUCCACAAGAUGAAGACGUUCAUGAAGAGCCUGGUGGGCAAGUCGCAGAUCGGGCCGGACCGGGUGCAGGUGGGCGUCGUCCAGUUCAGCGACGUCAACCGGGAGGAGUUCCCGCUGGACCGGUUCUCGUCGCAGGGCGAGGUCGCCGCCGCCAUCGACCGCAUGGUGCACCUCGGGGAGACCACCCUGACCGGCGCCGCCCUGAGCUUCGUGUCUCAGUACUUCCUCCCCGCCAAGGGGGCCCGGGCCGGCGUCAGGAAGUUCCUCAUCCUCAUCACCGACGGCGAAGCCCAGGACGCGGUGGGAGCCCCGGCGGCCGCGCUCCGGCAGGAGGGCAUCCUCGUCUACUCCGUGGGCGUGUUUGGCUCCAACGUCACGCAGCUCGAGGAGAUCAGCGGGAGGCCCGAGAUGGUCUUCUACGUGGAGAACUUCGACAUCCUGCAGCGCAUCGAGGACGACCUGGUGUUCGGGAUCUGCAGCCCCCGGGAAGAGUGCAAGCGGAUCGAAGUCCUGGACGUCGUGUUCGUGAUCGACAGCUCGGGCAGCAUCGACCAGGACGAGUACAGCGUCAUGAAGGACUUCAUGACCGGCCUGGUGCGCAAGGCCGACGUGGGCCGGGACCAGGUCCGCUUUGGGGCCCUCAAGUAUGCCGACGACCCCCAGGUGUUGUUCUACCUGGACGAGCUGGGCUCGAGGGCGGAGGUGAUCUCCGCGCUGCAGGGCGACCAGCCUGUGGGCGGCAGCACGUACACCGCCGAGGCGCUGGGCUUCUCCGGCCACAUGUUCACCGAGGCCCGGGGCAGCCGGCUGCACAAGGGCGUCCCGCAGGUGCUCAUCGUCAUCACCGACGGGGAGUCCCACGACUCCGACCAGCUCAACGCCACGGCCCAGGCCUUGCGCGACAAGGGCGUCCUCAUUCUGGCCGUGGGCAUCGCGGGCGCCAACCCGGUGGAGCUGCUGGCCAUGGCGGGCUCCAGCGACAAGUACUUCUUCGUGGAGACCUUCGGGGGCCUGAAGGGCAUCUUCUCGGACGUGUCGGACAGUGUCUGCAACUCUUCCAAAGUAGACUGUGAGAUCGAAAAAGUGGACCUCGUGUUCCUCAUGGACGGCUCCAACAGCAUCCUGCCGAGCGACUUCACGAAGAUGAAGGAAUUUUUGGCCUCGGUGGUCCAGGACUUUGACGUCGGCCCGGACAGGGUGCGGAUAGGCGCCGCCCAGUUCAGCGACGCCUACCGGCCGGAGUUCCUCCUAGAAGACUUCGUGGGGGGGAAGGAGAUCUCGCUCCGGAUCGCAGGCAUCCAGCAGCUCUUUGGCUACACGCACAUCGGCGCCGCGCUCCAGCAGGUGGGCCGCUACUUCCGGCCCGACUCGGGCAGCAGGAUCCAUGCGGGGACCCCGCAGGUGCUGCUGGUCCUCACGGACGGCCGGUCGCAGGACGAGGUGGCUCCGGCCGCCGAAGCCCUUCGGCACCGGGGCGUGGACGUCUAUACCGUGGGCAUCGGGGACGUGGACGAGCAGCAGCUGGUCCAGAUCACUGGGACGGCGGACAGGAAGCUCACCGUGCAGAACUUCGACGAGCUGGCCAAGGUCAAGAAGCGGGUCGUGCGCAACAUCUGCACCACGGGCGGCGAGAGCAGUUGUUUCGUGGACGUGGUGGUGGGGUUUGACGUCUCCACGCAACAGAAAGGCCAGACCCUGCUGGAGGGCCAGCCUUGGGUGGAAACCCGCCUUCAGGACGUGCUGCGUGCCAUCAGCUCCCUCAACGGAGUCAGCUGUGAGGUGGGCACGGAGACGCAGGUCAGUGUGGCUUUCCAAGUGACCAACGCCGUGGAGAAGUACGCUCCCAAGUUUGAGAUCUUCAGCGAGAACAUCCUGCACAGCCUGAGGGGCGUGACGGUCGGGGGACCGUCCCUCCUGCACGCAGACCACCUGGCCUCGCUGUGGGACGCGUUCCAGAACAAGUCCGCCGCGCGGGGAAAGGUGGUGCUUUUGUUUUCAGAUGGAUUGGACGACGAUGUGGAAAGACUUGAGCAAAAAUCUGACGCGCUCAGAAAAGAAGGCCUGAACGCCCUCGUGACCGUGGCCCUGGACGGAGCGGCCGACACUGGCAACGUGGCCGAUCUGCUCUACCUCGAGUUCGGGAAAGGAUUUGAGUACAAGACACAGUUCACCGUGGGCAUGCGGGACCUCGGGAGCCGGCUGGCCAGGCAGCUGGUCAACGUGGCCGAAAGGACGUGCUGCUGUUUGUUCUGCAAGUGUAUCGGAGGAGACGGCCCCAUGGGAGACGCUGGAACCCCAGGGAAGAAGGGAGCCCCCGGCUUCAAAGGCAGUGAAGGCCACCUGGGAGAGGAGGGCGUCGCUGGAGAGAGGGGAGGCCCCGGACCAGCCGGAGAGCGAGGCUCCAAGGGCUGCCACGGCACCCGAGGCCCCAAGGGCAACCGGGGACUGAACGGGCAGGAGGGAGCAGCUGGGGAAAGCGGCCUUGACGGACUAAGUGGAGAGCAGGGCGACAGUGGCCUUCCUGGAAGAAAGGGAGAAAAGGGCGACGCGGGGGCCCAGGGUAGCCCAGGAAAGAGAGGGACUUCUGGUGACCACGGAGCCAAGGGACUGCGAGGGGACCCCGGAGUUCCUGGAUUUGACAGUCCUGGAGAAGGACCCUCGGGCUUGAAGGGAGACCGUGGACGACAAGGAAGAAGAGGCUGGCCGGGACCCCCCGGAACACCAGGCUCCAGAAGAAAGACAGCAGCUCAUGGCCAAAGGGGACACACAGGCCCACAGGGAAGGCCAGGCAACCUGGGCCCCGGUGGACUUGAAGGCUCCCAGGGUCUCAAGGGCCCUCGGGGCCCAAGAGGAGAGACCGGGGCAAAAGGAGAAGAAGGAGCCCUGGGAAGCAAAGGCCCCCAGGGGCCUCCAGGACCCGGAGGCGAGGCGGGGAACCAAGGCCGCGUGGGAAGCCAAGGAAAUAAAGGGGAGCCCGGAGAGCCAGGAGGAAAGGGAGCCGUGGGCUUGCCGGGCCCUCGGGGCAUGCAGGGUGCUGAUGGCAGCCCGGGGCACGGCGGUGUCGGGAGCAGGGGAGCCAAGGGGCAGGAAGGAUUCCCCGGAGAAGGUGGCCCUCAGGGUGAGACUGGGGACCCCGGUGGUCCAGGAGAGACUGGACCCAAGGGAACCAGAGGCAAAACGGUGUCUGCUGGGCUUCCAGGAGAGCUGGGAUCCCCCGGGGAGCCAGGACCGCCUGGACGCAAGGGUGUAAAGGGAGCCAAGGGCCUGGCCUCGUUCUCCACAUGUGAGCUCAUUCAGUAUGUGCAAGACCACAGCCCGGGCCGCCUGUGACAGCCACCCUCUUGCCUUCCAGGGCAGCUCAGGUGCCCGGCACACCCCACCGAGCUGGUGUUCGCCCUGGACCAGUCCCGGGACGUCUCGGAGCAGGACUUCACACGGAUGAAGGAGAUGACCGCGGCCCUGCUGCGGGGCAUCCGGGUCCGGGGCGAUGGCUGCCCCGUGGGCGCGCGCGUGGCCGUCCUCACCUACGACGCCCACCCCAGGCUCCUCGUGCGCUUCACCGACACCCCCGGGAAGACCCAGCUGCUGCAGGAGGUCGAGGCCAUUCCCUACGAGCGGUCCUCGGCCAGCCGCGAGCUCGGCCAGGCCAUGAGGUUCGUCGCCAGGAAUGUCUUCAAGCGGACGCUGGCGGGGACGCACACCAGGAGAAUCGCCACGUUUCUCAGCGGCGGUCAGUCCGCCGACGCGCCGGCCGUCACCACGGCCACGCUGGAGUUCAGCGCGCUGGACGUCGUGCCAGUCGUGGUCGCCUUCAGCAGCGUGCCCUCCGUGCAGCGGGCCUUUGCGGUACGAGGGGGUGGCCGGUCAUGUGCCCACUGUUCUCUCACCCGUGUCCGAAGCCCCCGUAGGAAAGCUGGGAACUAG